AUGACAGUGGCAGCUAGUCCGGCACCUCCUUUAGGAGACCAUUUAUGUGAAAAUGGAUUUGAAUGUGUUGAAAUUCUCCCUGCUACCAAUGAUGCACAUGGCGGAGUCAUUGUUGACUUGAAAGAUCGUAUGGAUCCGGAAGUUUUUGCUUCUUUGCUUAAAUCUUCGCUUUCGAAUUGGAAGAAACAGGGAAAAGAUGGCGUGUGGAUCAAGUUACCUAUUGAGCUGGCUAAUCUUGUUGAAAUUGCAGUUAAGGAAGGUUUCUGGUACCACCAUGCUGAACCAAGCUAUGUAAUGCUAGUUAACUGGAUUUCCAAAACAGGCUGCACAAUCCCUCCAAACGCUUCUCAUCGCGUAAGAGUCGGCGCCAUUGUCUUGAACGAUAAGAAAGAGGUGCUAGUUGUAAAGGAAAAAAGAGGUAGAUUCCAUGGAAUUGGUGCUUGGAAGCUUCCUACAGGAGUAGUUGAUGCGGGCGAGGAGAUCUUUGAAGCAGCAAUUAGAGAAGUAAAAGAAGAGACCGGAAUUGAUACAGAAUUUGUGGAGGUAUUAGGAUUCAGACAGGAACACAAUUCAUUCUUUGAGAAAUCAGACAUAUCAUUUGUUUGCAUGCUGCAUCCUCUUUCUUUUGACAUCAAAAGGCAAGAACUUGAAAUUGAGGCAGCUCAGUGGAUGCCAUUUGAAGAAUAUGCAUCACAACCAUUCAAUCAGAAGCAUGAGCCCUUCAAGUACAUAAAUGAAUUAUGCAAAUCAAAGAUGGAAAAUGUCUAUACUGGAUUCUGUCCACGUCUUGUCUCAUCAUUUUUCUCUAAGAAUUUUAGUUAUAUAUACUUGAACACCAAAGACUUAGACAAGUCUUCUUAUACGUAA